CGACUAUCAUCUCUUCUACAAGAUGAGUAACAGCCACCCUCUUCGCCCCUUUACUGCAGUGGGGGAAAUUGAUCAUGUGCACAUUUUGUCUGAACAUAUUGGUGCCUUGUUGAUUGGGGAAGAAUAUGGCGACGUCACAUUUGUUGUGGAAAAGAAACGUUUUCCUGCCCACAGGGUAAUUUUAGCAGCCAGGUGCCAAUAUUUUCGAGCAUUACUGUACGGUGGAAUGCGAGAGUCUCAGCCUGAAGCAGAAAUCCCUCUCCAAGACACCACUGCAGAAGCAUUCACGAUGCUGCUCAAAUACAUCUACACAGGGCGGGCGACGCUGACAGAUGAGAAGGAGGAGGUGCUGCUGGACUUCUUGAGCCUGGCUCAUAAAUAUGGAUUUCCAGAGCUAGAGGAUUCUACCUCUGAGUAUCUCUGCACCAUACUUAACAUUCAGAAUGUCUGCAUGACUUUUGAUGUUGCCAGUCUCUACUCUCUUCCCAAGCUGACUUGUAUGUGCUGCAUGUUCAUGGACAGGAAUGCUCAGGAGGUGCUCUCAAGCGAAGGCUUCCUCUCCCUCUCUAAGACAGCACUUUUAAACAUUGUAUUAAGAGACUCAUUCGCAGCUCCUGAGAAGGAUAUUUUCCUAGCCUUGUUAAACUGGUGUAAGCACAAUGCAAAAGAGAAUCAUGCUGAAAUCAUGCAGGCAGUGCGUUUGCCUCUGAUGAGCCUCACUGAGCUUCUGAAUGUUGUGAGGCCUUCGGGCCUGUUGUCUCCUGAUGCCAUUCUGGAUGCUAUUAAAGUGCGAUCAGAGAGCCGGGACAUGGACCUCAAUUAUAGAGGCAUGCUCAUACCAGAAGAAAACAUUGCAACUAUGAAGUAUGGAGCCCAGGUUGUAAAAGGGGAGCUGAAGUCUGCCUUAUUAGAUGGUGAUACCCAAAAUUAUGAUUUGGAUCAUGGGUUUUCUAGGCACCCAAUUGACGACGACUGCCGUUCUGGCAUUGAGAUUAAACUAGGCCAGCCAUCAAUUAUCAAUCACAUUCGGAUACUCCUGUGGGACCGGGAUAGCCGGUCUUAUUCAUAUUUCAUUGAAGUGUCGAUGGAUGAACUCGACUGGAUCAGAGUGAUAGACCAUUCCCAAUAUCUGUGUCGUUCUUGGCAAAAGUUGUAUUUUCCAGCCCGUGUCUGCAGGUAUAUUCGAAUAGUUGGGACUCACAAUACAGUGAACAAGAUUUUCCACAUUGUGGCUUUUGAAUGUAUGUUUACAAACAAAACCUUCACUCUCGAGAAGGGGCUGAUAGUUCCCAUGGAGAAUGUUGCAACAAUUGCUGAUUGUGCCAGUGUGAUUGAAGGCGUCAGUCGGAGCCGAAAUGCCUUGUUGAAUGGGGACACGAAGAAUUACGACUGGGAUUCUGGCUAUACGUGCCACCAGCUAGGGAGCGGUGCAAUUGUUGUUCAGCUGGCACAGCCGUACAUGAUCGGGUCAAUACGGUUAUUGCUUUGGGACUGUGACGAUCGAAGCUAUAGCUACUACGUUGAGGUUUCUACCAACCAGCAACAGUGGACCAUGGUGGCCGACAGAACUAAAGUCUCCUGCAAGUCCUGGCAAUCAGUAACUUUCGAAAGGCAGCCUGCCUCCUUCAUCCGAAUCGUCGGAACACACAACACGGCAAACGAGGUGUUCCACUGUGUCCACUUUGAGUGUCCAGAGCAGCAGAGCAGCCAGAAGGAGGAGAACAGCGAGGAAUCGGGGACAGGGGACAGCAGUACAGCCGGUCAACAGCUGGUCGAGCCACAUGCCCUGCGGGCCCCCAGUGGCAGCUCCCUGCCCUCCAGCCCAGGCUCCAACUCGCGCUCCCCCAACCGGCAGCAGCAAUAAAAGAGACAGCAGAUGUGGUGUGACUCGGGUGGCCCCAGACGGCAGCAGGAAGGUGUCCUCCUUGAGCAGGGUUUUGUCGGCUGUCCCCUCCCCUCAUUUCCAGGGAGGAGCAGAUCUGGCUGCAAAAACAGACACAGAACCGGUUUCCUCCCAAGGACUGGAAGGGGCUGCUUUGUUCCCCUCAAUUUGUUCAAAUCAGGCUGGUCUCCAGAGGGAGCAAAUGGGUCUUCAAUCUUCAUCAAGUCCACCAUUAACACCCUACCUCUCUAAUCUAACCCAGCAAAGGGAGCGGAAGGAGCAACAGGCCGCGCUGGUGUAUGGAAUGGCCCACGAGCGCUCCCGCAGAAGACACUGCUAGGCCUUUAUUACCCAGAGGCACCCUUUAGACGCGGGAUUCCACAGUGUUUGUUUCUGUGGAGCACAUUGCCCCAGCAGCUAUAUGAUUUAUUUCUUUAGUUAUUCUCCAUUUGCUGAAUCAUAGGUGUUCCAGAUCCUUCUGAAAUGCUCAAACAGCAAACCAUCUGUCUGAAUCCCUCUCGCUGCUGUCACUACCUGCCCUGGUGCCGAGCACUGCGGCUGGGGUAGAGCGGACGGGAGACCCAUUGUGCACGGCUCCUAGAUGAGCCCCAGAGGCAGCUGCUCAUGGCGCCUGAUCUGAUGGGGAAAAUCCUUUGAGGAAGUUCAACAAAAUACACAAUGAGCAAAUCAGUCCGUGGACACGGGGGCUGGCCAUCACUCGGAGGCCGAGUUACCAACCUGUCAUUUCUGAAACGUACCCAGCCUGUAAGCUCGGGAGGCUGACCAGGAGACAGUCAUCGUGCAGCUGCUAAUUUAAUGCUCCGAACUGUGUAGAUAUGUCCACACCAAGUCCCCGCUUGGCCGAACCCACCCAGGACUCUCCGCGGUCUGGCUGCCCUCCCUCUGCUGCUCUCCUGCCCUUCAGCGUCCGGAAUACGAAACCGGGAUGAGGCCUCCAGGAGGGGCUGCUCGGGUUUUCUCCCACACCACAGCACGCACCUGGGGAUGGAAAACUCGCCAUGCUGAGAAGCUCUUCUAAUCCUCGGCAGAUUGCGUCUGAGUCCAGUCGCUCGGCCCGGCCCUCACUUAGUGGUUCCCUUCCAGGUGUCCUGCCCUCGGCCCACUCGCAGGUCUGCUCGCUCCUGCAGCUCAGCCGCACCGCUGCCUCCUAACACAAGGAGGGGUGAGGCCCGUUCUGUCAGGCGCUGUGGGUGGAGAGCGCCAGCUGUCAGCAGGCUGUCUUCUACUGUGACUUGGUUUUGAGGGACUUGUCCCAGUUGGACUGGGGACAUCCCAAGUGCGUGAUUGAAUGGGAAGUCUUCUUCCUGUGUGAGCACAGGUCGCCGAGGGCAUGGGCCACCCAGGCGGGGCGGGGGUGGCCCUGGUCAGGAGGAACCGCAGGGGUCAGUGCAGCCAAGCCACUCCUUCUCCCCACAGCUCCGACCUCAGCCGCUUCCCCGCUGGCCCAGGCACCCCCACAUGAGGAGGCUCCUGUGACUAAUGGCCGGAGCCCACAGGCGCUGGGGGCCGCGCUGCCUUGUCACGGUUAGUGCCGAGGGCUCAGCACGGUUAGUGCCUGAGACCAAGCCGCCAGGCCAGCUGAGGGCUGGUUCAGGUGUUUGGAAAGAGCUGUCUAGGCUGCUGCUUCUAUGCCCAAGCCGCACCGGUCACCAGGGCCCAAGGAACUCCACUCCCACCUGGAGGGCGUCCACGACAGACCUGCAGGGAGACCCUCUGCGGAAGCUGCCAGCUCCUGCCUGCCCCUGGGGCAGCUGACUGGGGGAGGUGCAUCCAGAUCUCCGCCCGUCCUCUCCUCCAGCACUCUGAAGCUGCCCCUGUGAGCAGGGAGGAGGCCGGGAAGGCGGGCAGCGCUGUGCCUGCAGGCAAGGCUAAGGGUGGUCCUGAUGCUUACACCCAGCCGAGGCCCCAAGGUCCCCAAUCCUGUGUGGACACCCUGGGGAGGCCUCGUGCAACCGAGCCUGCCGCAUGGUCUGGGACAACAUGGGCCCGGCCCAGCUGCAGAGCUCCGCUUCCGUUGGCCUCCUGAUGGCUGGGGCUUGUCCAGCUGGGCCUGGAGGCCACAGUCCAGACACGUCACACCAGAUGUGCCCAGCGCAAGGCCCACACUGCACAGGACAGGGAGGAGCAGGUGGCCUGGAGUUCCCCAGACCUGGCUAGUCCUCCAGAGGGCUUCUCCCCAGGGCCAGCAGGACCAAAGGGGCCUAGAGCUUGGAGCUCAAUGUGAGUGCUGCUGCUGAAAAGGGCUGGCAGGAUUCCCAGUGCCCACACAGCCCCCUGCCCAGCAGAGGGGAGAGGCCUAGUCCCCUGGGAAUGGGGCGGGGGUGGGGGGGACAUAAGGAGCCACAGGGUGUGGGAACAGAGAAGGAGUUGUGACUCCUCCACCCCUCAGCCAGCCCCAGGAGUGACUCGCUGGUGUGGACACUGUCCCUGAUGGGGUCCAGGUGGAGGAGUGCUAAGGACGGACCAGACCCUGCAAGACAUGGUGGCUGUGGCCUCUGUCCCUCACGGUGGCCGGAUCCCCUGCCCUUCACUUCUGAUCAUGUUUGUCGGGAGACCUUCAGUGGGAAAAGGCCUUCCAAACCACCUUCCACAGCUCUUGGGAGAGCCAUCCGGGGUGGCACUGCGUGGGCUGGCAGGGAGGCUACUGUGGGGACAGCGGCCUCGUCCCAGCAGCCCGCCCAGUCAGAGGUCUUAGAGGCAGGUUCGCGGCACGCACUUUGGACUCGAAGCAGCUGUGGAGCUGUCACACUCGCACCCGCUUGUUCCCACACGCUCAGCGCUUUUCUGUUUUCCUUCUCAUUUUAGUUAGAGCCGUGAGGCCUGAUGGAUGUGGGCCUCUUCUCAAUUGCUCUUUAAAUUGUCACUUUUUUAAUCUUAUUAAAUGAAGUGUCGAUUCCUGACAAAUACAUUAAAAGUGUUUUAUUCCUAGAAGAGUUGGGAAAAGAAAUUAUUUUCAGUAAGAGUGGGAUGUGUUUGUUAGACUGAGUCCUUGGCAAAAAACAAAAAA